UGGUUCCUAGUCAGAUUCCUUUCCACUGUGCCACAACAGGAAAUCCACCACUGUAAAAUCUUGUUCCAGUUUCUGGAGUAAUGACUUUGACAAUCUUAUAAUUUCCAACAAGUGUCAAAGUUGUUUUUUUGUUUUUUGUUUUGUGUUGUUUGGUUGGUUUUUGGCCAUGCUUAUGGUAUGUAGAAGUUCCCAGGCCACAGACUGAACUUAAUUUCCGAGCAGGGACCCAAGAUACUACAGUGACAAUACUGGAUCCUUAACCCACUGUGCCACAAGGGAACUCCAAAUGUCAAAGUUUUAAUGCACAAAAUCUUAAAGGGGUGUUGGAACACAUGCCAUGGUAUUAUUUAAUUAUGGCAAAGUAUUCUUAGACCAGUAACUUUGAACUUUAUUUUGUGCCCCAAUGUACCUGAGAGAUAUAAUGCAUUCCCUUUCAGUAAAAAUCACACAACUCUAGGAAUUCCCUUGGGGAGAAGUAGGUUAAGGAUCCAGCCUGUCACUGCAGUGGCCUGGGUUGCUGCUAUGGCUCAGGUUGCAUCUCUGACCUGGGAACUUGCACAUGCCUCAGGGGGGAAAAAAAAUCACAAUUUUAUUAAUUCUCACUAACUGCAGAAUUAUUAGAAUGAAACUUUGCCUCAGUUAACUUACAUUACAUAGUAUACUCACACUAAGACAUAAAACCACUGCCAAAUAAUUGAAAGUAUAAAGUAUCAUAGAAGAUACAAAAUCUUUCAGUUCUAUGGGAUCAUGAGGCAGAUAAAUAAAAUAAUCAUCUAGGCUUCCUGGAAAUAAAGUUCUUUUUGAGAAUAAAAUAUGACUAAGUGGAGAGGCAGGGCUAUUGACAGAACAUUAAAUUCAAUUCCACUGGGAUUGAGUUCUGAGAAAUGCUUUUUUUUUUUUCUUUUUCAUUUUUAAAGGAAAGCAUUCCCAACUUCAGAAAAGUCACCCAAUCCCAGGGUUAUAAUACACCCUGGUAAUGUAAAACACAAUUUUAUCAUAGCGGUUUAGGAUAAGGCUAGGUAGAGGGGCAGGGGAUACAUUAGGUUCAUGCUCCAAUAAAUGGAAAGAAUAGAAUCAAAGGUAUAGCUAUAAAUGAUAAGGAAGUCAUCUUCUUCCUAAUUUUAUCAAUCACUUGAACCCUGUUGAGUUUGGAUAUGACUCUAGGUUUCCCAGUAUUGAUGAGAAAAUGUUUAGAAUGAGAUUUCACCUAAAAGCAAGCCUGGUUCUCUGCUCUUUAGACCCAAGCAUGACUUAACUAACACCUACUGAAAUUCUGAGUCAAGCAUCCAGCAUAUCCAAAGAAGUUUCCAUUCUACCAUUUUACCAGUCAUUCCAUUUUGAGGGAAUAUAUCUAUGCUCUUCAUACAUACUAAUCUUUUUCCUAACAGGUAAUAUGUGGUCACAGGUGAUGGAAAAGGACAAUACAAGUUCUUUUGAAGGCUUCAUCUUGGUGGGCUUCUCUGAUCGUCCCCACCUAGAACUGAUCCUCUUUGUGGUUGUCCUCACUUUUUAUCUGCUAACUCUUUUUGGCAACAUGACCAUUAUCUUGCUUUCAGUUCUGGAUUCCCGGCUGCACACACCAAUGUAUUUCUUUUUAUCCAACCUCUCAUUUCUAGACAUGUGUUUCACCACAGGUUCCAUCCCUCAGAUGCUCUACAACCUUUGGGGUCCAGAUAAGACCAUCAGCUAUCUGGGAUGUGCCAUCCAGCUCUACUUCGUCCUGGCUCUGGGAGGGGUGGAAUGUGUCCUACUGGCUGUCAUGGCAUAUGACCGCUAUGUUGCAGUCUGUAAACCUCUGCACUACACUGUCAUCAUGCACCCAUGUCUCUGUGGGAAGCUGGCUUCAGUGGCAUGGUUGAGUGGCUUUGGCAAUUCUCUCAUAAUGGCACCUCAGACAUUGAUGCUACCCCGCUGUGGGCACAGGCAAGUGGACCACUUUCUCUGUGAGAUGCCAGCACUAAUUGGCAUGGCCUGUGUAGACACCAUGACCCUUGAGGCACUGGCAUUUGCCUUGGCAAUCUUUAUCAUCUUGGCACCACUCAUUCUCAUCCUCAUCUCAUAUGGUUAUAUAGCACAAGCAGUGCUUAGGAUCAAGUCAGCUGCUGGGCGGAAGAAAGCCUUCAACACCUGCAGCUCCCACCUCAUUGUUGUCUCUCUCUUCUAUGGUACGAUCAUAUACAUGUACCUCCAGCCAGCAAACACUUAUUCCCAGGACCAGGGCAAGUUCCUUACUCUUUUCUACACAAUUGUCACUCCUAGUGUUAACCCCCUGAUCUACACACUAAGAAAUAAAGAUGUUAAAGAGGCCAUGAAGAAGGUACUAGGGAAGGGAGGUGCAAAAGCACAGUAAAAAGUCAUCAAAUUUUGAGAUUGUCUUUUGACAAAUCUUCUACAUAUAUUGUUAGACCCAGGAUAUAAAGGAGAGUUCUAACGUUACAGAGUGAAGAGACACUUAAUGAGAUGGGGGCAAUUCAGUGGUUUAGCUAGGCUGAGAAAAUGCAAAUUCUUGAGUUAACAAUCACUUGUACUUCUCUCAAGUCCUUCUAAGUCAAGCAUUCAUCACUAGGAGGGUUCCAAUCCAGGAUAAAACAGUGGUCUGCGCUUGCAAAAACCAACCAUGAAUGUGGACGCCAGGCAUUUUUAUGCUUAGUCUAGCUUCCAUCACAAUGAUUAUACUUAGUAAGUCCUCAACAUAUUUGAAAAGACUGAACUUAGAAGUGAAGAAAAAUACUUAUUUUUUCUAGAAUAUUCAAAUGUGCUUUUAUAGUGCCAAAUGCCUGGACAAGAGGCAAUAUAAAUUGUUCAGUUAUCUAGCACUUUAGUGCCUCCAAUACCUAACUUACAUGUGGAUCCUAUGUAUUUUGUAUCAUUUAUAUAAUUGAGUUUAAUGAUAUUUAUGUUUUGACUUUCUGAAGCAAUAGAGAAUAAAGAAUAUAUAAAGCAAGACCAUGAGGUAUUUGCUUUGUAAAGAAGGAAGAAUUUUUUGCUCAUAUUCAGUACUUGUUAAAACUUUAUUAGUGACAAAAGAAGUUUGUGUCUUCUUGCUUAAAAUGUUUGACAACUACUAAUCGCCACUUUUUUCCAUAUGUUGUCAGGAUAAACUGGGAUAAAAGUAGAGAGGAAUGAGAUCAACCCUGGGGAACUGUUGGACUCUUUGUGAUUGGGUACUGAUUGUCUGGAUGUCGAACUUUUCGCAUUUACAUUAAUGAUUGCAGUAACUCACCAGUCAUAAGGAAAAUAUAUUUGAAUGGUUUGUAUCAAAUGAAUGACUCUUAAAGGAAGGCAUGUUUCUUCAGACCUGAAAUAUUAUAAAUUGGAUGAAUCCCAUCUCAUGAUCUGGGAAAACAUGUAUUAUUUUAGAAUCUCUACAAGUGAAUAAGGAUUCCAAAAUUUGGAAGUAUUGCAAGUGUUAUCAUUUGGCACUGGAUAAAGGAUGGGUUUAGCAAGUUUCCAUUUAAACCCUCUCAAAAUAUUUAAGAAAGUUUAGAUUAAUUUAGAGGCCCCAGAAAAAAAAUACCAAAUAUCUAAUAAUUUUUCUCAAAAUACAUUCAGACAUAAUGUACAUAUUUUCCUAUUUUUGAGCACUAACUCUUGUACUUUGUCCAGAUAGAUUAGAUUUUAUUUUAGUUUGAGUUUAUGAGA